AUUACCUCUCAAAACCAUACACACACACACAUUAUACAAUCUCUUCUUCUCUGACAUAUUAUAAUGGUGGUUUGAGCAAAGCAUUUUUCAGAAGAUAUAAUGGGGAAAACAAGCAAGUGGAUUCGGAAUUUCUUAACAGGAAAGAAAGAGAGAACAAAAGAAAAGAUUAAUCAGAGCGAGUGUGGAUUCAUUUCCACAACUCCAAGCACUCCUAAAGAGAAACGUCGAUGGAGUUUUAGACGUUCUUCUGCCACUGCACCACCAUCUUGUGCUUCUUCUACCCUCAAAGAUUCAUCUCCACCGCCUCAAACGCCACCUCCUCCACCACCCCAACCAUUUGUGGUGGACAGCGAAGAUGAGCAGAGCAAGAACGUUUCAGCGGCAGAGAUUACAGUGGAAGUUGAAGAAUUUGCAGCAGUGAAGAUCCAAGCUUGCUUUCGUUCUCAUUUGGCGAAGAAAGCAUUAAGAGCAUUAAAAGGGUUAGUGAAAUUGCAAGCACUUGUGAGAGGUCAUUUAGUAAGGAAACAAGCAACGGCUACACUAAGAUGUAUGCAAGCAUUGAUUACACUUCAAGCUAAAGCUCGAGAACAGAGGAUACGUAUGAUCGGAGAUUCACCAACAAAACCCACAAAUCCAAGAACAUCGAUUCAUAAAACCCGGAUCCAUAACCUUUACCACGUGAAUGAAGAAAACAUAAAGAUUGUGGAAAUGGACACUCAAUCUAAUUUUUACUCUCCAGCUCCUUCUGCUAUAACAGAUAUGAGUCCUCGAGCGUAUAGUAGCCAUUUCGAGGACUGUAACUCGUUCAACACAGCACAAAGCAGUCCUCAAUGUUCUAGAUUCAAAGAGUAUUACAAUGGAGAUUCUUUGUCUUCUUACGAUUACCCUCUCUUCCCAAAUUACAUGGCCAAUACUCAGUCUUCUAAAGCCAAGGCUCGGUCUCAGAGUGCGCCUAAGCAGAGACCUCCUGAGAUCUAUGAGAAGCCGACGACCGGGAGGAGAAGAUCUUCCAUGGAAGCACCGAGGAACGGUGUCCCCAGAGCUGUAAGGAUGCAGAGAUCUUCAUCUCAGUUAGGCAAGGAAAGUCAAAGUCAUCAGCAUCAUCAUCAUCAUCAUCAGCACUAUCCGUGGAUGGCAAUUAAGCUCGAUAGAUCUCACAUUUCUCUUAUGGAGAGCGAAUGCGGUUCUAGCAGUACAGUUAUGACCAAUACCAACUACGGUCGACAUGUUGAUGUUCAGGGGAACAACAUGUACUGA